AUGCCCGAGAAGAACCUGCCCGUGUCGGCUUCGCAAAACAGCCUUCUGCGGAUUCUUUUGUACUGUCUCAUCCUCUCGACCACCAUACAUUAUGCCCACAACUACAUCCGAGCAGAAGACUACCCGCCAGUGCCCUUCAUCUAUCCUACGCCGCAAUCAUAUCGUAUUGCCAUUAUUAUCCUUUACCCUCUGCAAACGAUUUGUGGUAUCCGUGGCUACUACCUGUACAAGGCCGGCAGUAUUCGAACUUCGAUUCCCUUCCUUGCUUGCCAUUCGACACUUGGAAUUCGGACUCCGGGUCACUUCGUUGGUGGAGUCCCUCAGAUUCCGUGGUUUUGGUUCAUGACUAUCUGGACAGACUUCUUCGCUGGGGUUGCAUUGGCUGUUUUCUGUUAUAAAGCUUAUAUUUCGACGAGGGGGUAG